CCGAGGGCGGCACACGCUCCCGUGGCCGGAAAGGGCCUGCGCGGGCCAGGAACUUGCAGGCGGCGAUGGCCGCGGAGUGACUGCUCCGGGCACCGAGUCCCCGCGCGCCGCCCGCGAUGGGCCCGCCGGCCGGGCGCGCGCUGCUCCUGCUGCUCGGGGCGCUGGCGGCGCUGGAGGCGCCCGGGGUGCGGGCCGCGGACGCGCAGGCCCGAGCGCGGCCGCACUCGCUGCGCUACCUGCUGAUGGGCGCCACGGAGCCGGACCUGGGGCUGCCGCUGUUCCAGGCCGCGGGCUUCGUGGACGAGCAGCUGUUCGUGUUCUACGAUCACGAGAGUCGCCGCGCGGAGCCCCGCGCCCCGUGGGUCAGGGCGGCCGGCCCGCUGUGGCUGCAGCUGAGCCAGAGCCUCAAAGGCUGGGACCACAUGUUCACGCUGGACUUCUGGACCAUCAUGGACAACCGCAACCACAGCUCGGGGCCCCACACGCUGCAGGUGGCCCUGGGCUGCGAGGUGGGGGCGGACAACAGCUCCAGCGGCUUCUGGAAAUACGGCUACGACGGCGAGGACCACCUGGAGUUCUGCCCGGAGACGCUGAGCUGGAGAGCCGCCGAGCCCGGGGCCUGGGCCACCAAGAUGGAGUGGGAAGAGAACGCGAUCCGGGCCAGGCAGAACCGGGCCUACCUGGAGAGGCUCUGCCCUGAGCAGCUGGGGCGGCUGCUGGAACUGGGGACCGGGGUCCUGGACCGGCAAGUGCCCCCCUCGGUGCGGGUGACGCGCCGUGUGGCCUCGGCAGCGACCACUCUGCGGUGUCAGGCUCUGAGCUUCUACCCCCCCAACGUCACCGUGACGUGGCUGAAGGACCGGCAGCCCCUGGAGGCCAAGGACGUGGAGCUCGGGGACCUGCUGCCCAACGGGGAUGGGACCUACCAGGCCCAGGUGGCCCUGGCCGUGCCCCCUGGGGAGGAGCAGAGAUAUGCCUGCCAGGUGCAGCACCCCGGCCUGGAGCAGCCCCUCGCUGCCACCUGGGAGCCCUCCAUGUCGGGCUCCCUGGUCUUUGGCGUCAUCUGCGGGACCCUCAUGAGUGUCAUCAUCGUCAUCUUCUUCACUGGGGUUUUGUUCAGAUUCCUGCGGAGGAGGCGGGCUUCCCGAGGCACCCUGGGGAGCUAUGUCCUCACCGACCGUGAAUGAGGUGCAGCCUGCAGACCCCGUGGGAAGGAGCCGGUAGGAGACUCAGAGCGGGCGCCCGGGUGACCUUGGUGCUGGAGGACAGAGCUGCACCCGCAGAUGGGAGCUGGCCCAGGAACUCCAGCUCUCUGCCGUCCCCUGUUUAGGUUUUGGGUUCCUACCUGCCGACACCCUGCGGCCCUGUGGGUCCCAGGCUGCAGGGAGAGCCUGCCUCAGUUUCCCGUCCCCUGCGACUCCCUCCGCAGCGAGGCUACUGAAGUUUGCUGGACUCGGGAUUCUCUGGAAGCUGCGAGAAGAGCCUGCGGCAUCUCUCAGGGCAUCUGUCCUCCCACUGGGAAUGUGCGCAGGUGCACGCACUUCCCGGACCCAUUUCCUUUCGAUCCUCCCUGUCUCUGUCCUCCAGUGGCCCCUCUGUCCCCGCCCUCUGGUCUCCUCUAUGGAGAGGACCUGGGUCCUUACACCGGCCCUUGACCAUGAAUCAAACACGCGACCCUUUGGUGCAAGGGGUGACCCUCUAACCACUCAACAACACUGGCCAGGGCUGGCCUGUGCUUUCUUGCUGCUGCUGCAUAUAUUUGGUUGCAAAGCUGUGGCACGAGGCCUUCUGUCUCAGACGGCAGGUACCUCACGAGACUAAAUAUAGCUCAAAAGUGUGCUGGUAGGUACUCAAUUUGGGCAAAGAGAUCUCAACUAUUUUUUUUUCAGUUGGAUAAAGAUACAUGUAACAUGUGCUUGCUAUAGAAACGUUGAAAAGGAAUUAACUUGAAACUGUCAUUCCACUAGCCAGUGAUAAUCCCUAUGAAUAAUGUGUGCUCCUCAGUCUUAUUGCUGUAUGAAAAUAUAAAAAGCAUCCAACGCACAUAUUUUAAUAAAUGCAUGAUGAACUGUGUUGAGUACUGCA